CAGCGGUCAGCAUUCAGCCACAAUGACAGAAUCAACGCUGCCAGCUGUGCUUUGUUGACGUUAACGCCAAGUGUCGCCACGACGUUUAACUUGGCUUAACAAAAAAACGCUAAGAUUUAGUACCAAUUCGUCGUUGUACUGAAACACAUGGGUUUUUUCUUGUUUUCAGUUUAAUUUUUAAUUUUUAUUAUAAUUGUGCAACGACAAAAAAAUACAGCAACAGCAAUUAGAAAAUAAAUAAUCAACAUCAACGCCAUCGAAAUUAGGGGGAAAAAACAACGACAAGUCAACGACUUAGAAAAAUAAAUUAAAAAACAAAAACACAUAUACACACAAAAUUUUCACAUCAUGCUAAUAACAACAACAACCGAUUCAGUCAUGACCACAAACAACGAUGGCGGAACAGGACAGUGGCAGCGCAGUUGCCAAGCAGCAGUCUCAGUACGACAUGCCUUCAAGACAUACGGCAAAAAGAAGAAUGCCUUGCCAGUAUUGAACAAUCUGAAUAUGACAGUACCAAAGGGAACAAUUUAUGGCCUUUUGGGUGCUUCGGGUUGUGGCAAAACCACCUUGCUCUCUUGCAUUGUUGGGCGCCGUCGUAUCGAUUCUGGUGAAAUAUUCGUUUUGGGCGGCAAGCCUGGAUCUCGUGUAUCGGGUGUGCCCGGCAAACGUGUUGGCUAUAUGCCACAGGAAAUCGCCCUGUAUGCAGAGUUCUCCAUACGCGAAACCAUGAUGUACUUCGGUUGGAUUUUCGGCAUGGAAACGAAAGAGAUCAAUGAACGUUUGCAGUUUCUGUUGAAUUUCUUGGAUUUACCCUCGGAAAAGCGUCUGGUGAAGAAUCUCAGUGGUGGCCAGCAGAGAAGAGUGUCGUUCGCUGUGGCUCUGAUGCACGAUCCGGAAUUGUUGAUUUUGGAUGAGCCCACAGUGGGUGUGGAUCCGUUGCUACGUCAAAGUAUUUGGAAUCAUUUGGUUCACAUCACAAAAUCGGGACAGAAGACCGUUAUCAUUACCACACAUUACAUUGAGGAGGCCAGACAGGCGCAUACGAUUGGUCUAAUGCGUUCCGGCAACUUGCUGGCCGAAGAAUCACCUAGUGUCUUACUUUCCAUGUACAAAUGCAUCAGCUUAGAGGAUGUCUUCUUAAAGCUUUCCCGUCUCCAGUCACAAAAGGGCGAUGUAUCUCAGGUUAAUUUCAGUAAUAAUAUUUCGUUACAUGCCAUGGGAUUCGGCAGUAAAAUGGACAAACCCAGCGGCAGCCAAGAGGGUGGCGUUGUCGGUCUCAAUUUCCAUCAAAGCAAAGAAAUCCUAAUCAACGAUACCAAUGGAUCCAUAUAUACGCUAAAUCAAGAACCCUAUGAACCUCCACCAAACAAGAAGAAUCCCAAUGAUGAGGAAAGCUGUCAGGAUUGCUAUGCCAAUUUGUGCAAGGUUACAACCAAGGGCAAAAUCAAGGCCUUACUGAAUAAAAACUUUUUACGUAUGUGGCGUAAUGUCGGUGUGAUGCUAUUCAUUUUUGCCUUACCUGUCAUGCAAGUUAUUCUGUUCUGUUUGGCCAUUGGUCGGGAUCCAACAGGUUUGAAUUUGGCCAUUGUUAAUGGUGAAAUGAAUAAUACGGAAAAUUGUUACUGGGAUGAUGGUUGCCACUUUACCAAUUUGGGUUGUCGUUAUUUGAAUCACUUAAAUCACAGCGUGGACAAAACGUAUUACACGGACAUAGAAGAUGCCAAGGAGGCGGUGCGACUGGGCAAUGCAUGGGGUGCCAUUUAUAUAACGGAGAACUUCACAGACGCCUUUACUGCCAGAGCUGCCUUGGGUCGCGACUCGGAUGAUGAGACCAUCGAUCAAUCGGAAAUUAAAGUCUGGCUGGAUAUGUCUAAUCAACAGAUAGGUGUUAUGCUUAAUCGUGAUAUUAUGUUGGCCUAUCGUGAUUUUGCCAUGGGUCUGCUGGAGCAGUGUGGUAAUAAUCCAAAACUGGGAGAUGUUCCAAUUCAGUUCAAGGAACCAAUUUAUGGUACCAUGAAUCCAUCGUUUACUGAUUUCGUGGCUCCAGGUGUUAUUUUGACCAUUGUUUUCUUCUUGGCGGUGGCCUUGACUUCAUCGGCUUUGAUCAUCGAACGUACGGAGGGUCUUUUGGAUCGUUCCUGGGUAGCUGGCGUAGCACCAAGUGAAAUUCUACUCUCCCAUGUGCUCACCCAAUUCGUGGUCAUGUGUGGCCAGACAACAUUGGUGCUCAUCUUCAUGUUGGUGGUCUUUGGAGUCACCAAUAACGGCGAUCUGAUCUGGGUUGUGGUUUUGACCCUGCUGCAAGGUCUGUGUGGUAUGUGCUUCGGUUUCCUCAUCUCUGCAGUGUGUGAACUGGAACGUAAUGCCAUUCAAUUGGCCCUGGGUUCAUUCUAUCCAACACUGUUGCUGUCCGGUGUUAUUUGGCCCAUUGAGGGCAUGCCAAUUGUGCUAAAAUACAUCUCCCUGUGCCUGCCCUUGACCCUGGCCACAUCAUCGCUGCGUUCAAUAUUAACACGAGGAUGGGAAAUUGCCGAAACAGAGGUGUACACCGGUUUCCUCAGUACAUUAGCCUGGAUUUUAGGAUUCUUAAUUUUAACAUUGGUGGUGCUGCGUUCGAAACGAAAUUAAGAGUUUCGUUAAAACAUGGAUCCCUGGGAUCUUUAAACAACCUGACAAAGGCUUUUGUAUACUUAAAUAUUCCUCCCACUUUGUUGUCUUCUGUUCUCUCUUUAAUUUAUUUGAUCUUUGUUUUCUCUCUCCUUCAUUUAGAAUUUCUCUUGAAAUUAUGUCUCUUCUCUCUCUCUCUCCUUUUUUUUCUCUCUUUUUACAAAAGCCUGAAUUUUGUAAAAAUUAUCGUUAAACUAAAGAGAAAUCAAAAAACAAACAAACUAGUAUAAUUUUUUUGUUUAAUGAAAUAAGUUAACAAGUCCUAAAGUUUAUUAUUAUAAUAAUUUUUUUUAUUAUUAUUAUCAUAAUUUGUAUUACAGCUGUCCGAGUGUACAGCUCGCAGAGACGACGAUGACGAAGUAGAAGAAGAAGAUAACAUAUAAGAAGUUGAAGUAAUCAUCAGUUUUAAGCUAGAUUUACUAGGUUAAGGUGCAUUGUGUAUUUUUUUAUUUUGUCGAAAAUCAACCCUCAUCACUCAUCCGAUAUUUAAGCAUCACGAACAGUAAAACAAAAUGUCAAGAAAUGUCAACAAAAAUAUUGUCACAAAAGUGCCUUUAUUUUGUUAUCAGAGAAUAUCUUUUUCAUAUUUUAAUUAAUUAGAACCAGUUCAUUAAUAUAUGUAUGUAUGUGUGUAUUUUGUAUGACAAAGUAUGGUUAAGGUUUUAAAUUUUUUCUAUAUACAUAUAUAUAAAAGAGUAUAUAUAAGGCAAAGUGUACAUACAACAACAAACAUAUUUCCUAAUAAAAAUUUGUCAAAACUUAUCUGUCAAUUCGUAUAAUUUUCUCACUUUGUCUAUCUCCCUCACUUUCUAUUAACAAUCUCUCUAUUGAUUUUUGUUUGGGAGAAGAAUUUUCAACAUCAAUUUUGAAAUAUGUUGAGUUUUUUUAGUCAAAUUGGUUCUCGCUCCCAACACUACAUCCUUAUUUCAAUACCAGUUUUUUUCUCUCUUUCCCCCCUUUCUUUAUUAACACUCCAAAAGGACUGUGAUUAGUGUUUGUUUCUCUUCAUUCGCUCUUGUCUCUCUCUCUAGUAAUACACAGUGUGUUUUUUAUCUCAUUAUAAAAUAUUUCACAAUUUUUAUUCCAUAAUAAUUUAAAAAAGAAUAUUUUUGAAGAGAAAAAUUAAUAAUAUUAUUGGAAUAUUAUAUUGUUUUUCAUUUAUUGUGGGGAAAUAUAAAUAUAUAUUUGUAUGUAGUAGUAGUUUUUUUUAAAGAAAGAUAUCCUUAAAUUAUCUGUCAACGAAUUCGAAAGAGACACUUGUCUUGUCAAGAUUACUAAACUUGGUUUUUUCCAUAAUUUGUUUAAAUAUAUCUUUCUCAUUUGUAUUAGAUAUUUAGUGAAUAUUUGUAAAUUUACCAUUUGUAUAACGAAAUGUAGAUUGCAAAAAUAUUAUAUUAUAAAUUGAGCUUUUUACAAUAAAAAUUCUGUGAAAAUAUUAAAAAAAA